AUGGCUGACAAUCACACCGAUCUCGAUCCCGCUUUUCACGCUCUCCCCGCCCCGCUCAGGAAACGGAUUGACAAUGCCUUUGACUCGGCAGUGGGCUCCUCUUCUGUUCGCCGUGCUUCCAAACGCCGUAAACUGGACCAGGACGGCAGCACUCAACCCGGUGGAUUCCUGACCGACGAGCCCACUGGUGCUUCGGGCGGGUUCAUCGUGGAUGAACCCCAGCCGCCCCCGGAGGAUUCAUUGCCGACCUAUGAGGAACCCGAGCGCAUCCCUCUCUCAGCAAUCCCCUCCGCGCUUCACACACUGGACCUGCAGCCCGACGACGAGGACGUACUCGCUGUCUUCCACAACGCAGCCUCCGGAUGGAACAAAAGUGGCGGUGUCGAAGAUGGGGAUCAGGAUGAAGCCACGGUGAGCCGCAAGGACUGGCGAGCGGUGUGCGCUGCGCUCCUCGAUCCUGGGGACGAUAAAGAUGAAGACGUCGAGAUGGGAGCCGGCGAGGAAGAAGAGACCGUCGCUGAAGAGGAAUCGGAUUCCGAGGAAGAAUAUCUCGAGUCUCACCAAAGCGCUUCGUCCGCGGAAGACGAUGGGUCGUCGGACGAAUAUACGGAGCAAGCCACUGGCCUCGGGGAUGCGCGGCGUUCGAAGUCCAAGCUAGGCCCCACACAAGCAGAUUCAAGGCGAGCCUCUCGGAGGAAGGCACGCUCGAGUUCUUCCUCAUCCUCGCGAGAGCGAGGGCAGACACGACUCAGUUCGGGGCAGAAGGAGGCGUGCCUGACGGCUUUUGCGCUGUUCUUUCCCCACGUGGAGACGUCUGAGGUGGGAAGACAGCGACUGCGGAUCAAGGACAUUACCCAGGCGGCCACGCUCCUGAAGGAAAAGAUGAGCGCGGAGGAGACGAUAGAGAUGUUGGCCGCGUUCUCGUCCUCCGGGGACCAUACGAUGGGGCCAGACGACUUUGAGCGCAUGAUGGUCGCUGCGAAGCUCGUCUGA